UUGAGACCAUUGCGGUUGAUUUGAUCACGCUGUAUUUAAUUGAACUGUUAAACGAGAAAUAUUGCUUAGAAAUGAUUUAGGGUCAUGUAAAAUCAUGAGGAAACUGAAAUACAAGAGAACCUUCAUGACUGCAGUUAUUGUUUUCCACUGUAAAACAGAAUGAUGUGACAAGCAAAUAUGAAAAGAAACUUCUGAAUAUUGAUCUGCAAAGACUGCAUUGUUUAUUUUUGUUUGUGACUCAUGGAGCACAUGUCCACAUACUGAGAUGUUGCAGACAACAUGGAUUGCAUUAGUUCUUGGCUUUUGGUCAUCUCUUUACCUCCUUGAUGCUUUUCUGAAGACACAGAAAUGGUCAGGUCGUCAAUACAUAGAAAGAUUAGACAAGACUGGAUUGUCUGUCUCUGUUUGCCAAUUAAGAUGGUAUACUGCUAUGUUCAACAGGACAUUUGUCAAGUUGGGACAAUGGAGACCACACUUUCUUAGAAUUUGGUUUAACUGUGGAGUUGUUUUUGGACUGCUGGCAAUGAUUAUGUCUAUAUUUUUGUUGACUUUAUUGGUGUUUAACACUUUUCGACAGCAACCUGUAGAUCAGCAAGUUUUGACACCUGUUAUGCCAGGAAUCAACUUACCGAUCUCUCAAAUGUCAUACUAUCUAUUGACAUUACUGGUAUGUGGAAUUUUACAUGAAGUAGGCCAUGCUAUUGCUGCUGUAAGGGAACAAGUAAGAGUAAAUGGUUUUGGUUUGUUUAUAUUUAUUUUAUACCCAGGAGCAUAUGUGGAUUUAUCAACAGAGCACUUACAAGCAGUCUCCCCGUUACGUCAGUUGAGAAUUUACUGUGCUGGAGUGUGGCAUAAUUUUGUAAUUGUUGUAUUGGCAUUAUGUGUGCUGUUGAUAUUACCUUUACUACUGGCUCCAUUCUAUGGUACUGGAGAGUCUGUGGUUAUAACUCAGGUCACAGAGAACUCAGCAGUUUCUGGACCAAGGGGUCUUGCAGUAGGAGAAGCAAUAACCAGUUUAAGUGAUUGUCGUGUGACUAGUCUUGAUGACUGGAGUACAUGCAUUUCUGUCAGUAUGAAAGAACCAACUAUGGGACAUUGUAUGGCUUUGAAUCUAAUUAAAGAUUUGGAUGCAUCCCCAAAAAACUGGACUCGAACAGAGAAAUCUAUAGACUGUUGUAAUAGGAGUAGCAGUACACACCUGUGUUUUAAUUAUCAUACAAAGACUGCUCCCCAUGAUAAAUAUGCUUGUUUGCCAGCAAGAGCUAUAACUGAGAGACCCAUGUGUAAAUUACAAAGUGAUUGUUAUAUACCAAAGGGUGACGUUUGUGUAUAUCCUGCUUUAGACAAUGAAACCAAAUUACUUCAAGUUUACCAUGGACGUAAACCACCAUUACUAUUUCUGGGUCAUCCACUUGACCUUCAUUACUCUGUUGUUCUAAGUAAUUAUGUACCAAAAAGUUUUGCUAUUCCAUUGAAUCUACCGUAUGUUGUAGAAACUUUCAGCAAAUAUUUGAUAUCUCUCUCAGGAGCAUUAAUAAUACUGAAUGUUGUACCAUGUUAUGCAUUAGAUGGUCAGUGGAUAUGUCAUGGGUUUAUAGAGAUAGCUCUACGUUCUACUAUAUCAGACAGAGAAACAAGAGGACUUAUUUAUACUGUGAUGAUCCUUUAUGGAACAUGUUUGUUAUUUAUAAAUGUUGUUAUAGCAAUGUGGGCAUUGUUUUCAUAGCAUUAAUUGUCCAUUUCAUCCAAGAAACUUGAUGAGUAAUAAAUUAUUAUAUCCCCACUUGAAUAGUGGGGUAUAUUGCAUUCACCUUGUCAGUCUGUCUGUCUGUUCGUCAGUCCGUCCAACAAAUAUUUCCUUCACACUCUUAUCAGGUACUACUUAACAGAAUUACUUCAUAUUUGGUAAGAAUCUUGUCAUUGAUGAGUUUUAAUUUGUGAGACACCUAUAGCUACUUCCUGUAUCUGAAAUAUGUUGAAUGAACUUUAAUUUUUUCAUCAUACAGAUCUCAGGCAUUACUGAAGAGAAAGUCUACAUACUUGUUCAGAAGCUUGGUAGUGAUGAGUUGUAACAUUUGGAAAUUUUUUGGAUUUGUCGGACUUCUGCUUUCUGUUUGCCUAUACUUUGAAUUUUUCAAUAUUUUAACAGGCUUUAAAUUUUCUUCACACUUUUCUCAAUUACUGCUGAAGAGAACGACUUCAUAUUUAGUCAACAGCCUAUAAGUGUUGAGUUGUAAUGGGUGAGCAUUUUACAUAAUCUGUUGGUCACAUCGUUCUGGUUAUGCUAUACUUUGAAUUACAAUUGGUGAUAUGCUUAGCACAACAUUGCAUGCAUUUUUGUUUAAUAUUACUGUAUAUCAAGAAAAAAAUGGUACAUGCAUAUGUAUGAAACAUACUGUAAAUAUACGGACCCUCAUUUUUGAGAUUUGGCAGUUUUUUGCUAAAUGAGAUUUCCUGUGGAGGAAUAAAAUAUUCAUGUAAAUUUCCCAUUUUUUAGCAGCUGUGGUCUGGUCUUACUUUUUUCAGGUAUAAACAUCUUCAUUUACUUUGAAAUGAAAAGCUGAAACUUUUACAAACUCAUUAGAGACUAGAAGUUUUACUACUUUGUGAUAUCUUCGUCUUUGUUCGACAUUCUUCUUGUUUGAAAUGGACAAUUAACAAUGCAUAUUCAACACCCUACAAACUCUUCAAUUGUCAUUGAUCACUGGAUCAAUACUUCCUACUUAAUUACAGCUAUUUGUGCAUUUUUGCUUUUAUUCACAUUUUUGAAAUUGUUAAAUUGUUAAAGUUGUUUAUGUUAAGAGUUUAAUGGUCCGAAGUAAUGUGUAUAAUGUCAUUUACCUCGUUUAGAAUCUGGAUAUUACUGUGUACAAAUAAAAUAUAUAUAUCUCCUUAGGGUUAAACCCUUAAAAAAUAUUCUGGCAAUCCCUCAACUAAAACAUACAUGUACAUGUUCUGUAUGUGUAGACCAAUUAAGAGGGCUUCUGUUAGCCAUGACAACAUUUUACUUAUACAUUGUAUAUGGAUUGGUAUUCACAUCCAAAGUAUUCAUGUUAAUAAUUUGUGGAAGAAUUCAAUCCUAGCUUAAAACGUUUUUCAAUAUAAGAUGUUAAUGUAUGGAUAAACAUAUAUGAUGAUAUAGGUAUGAUAAAAUUGUGAUGUAGAAUAGAAAAAUACUUGGAUAGUGAGAAUAGGUUAAAGUAUAUAAGUGAGUGACUGACAUGUGUGAAACAAGUGUGGAUGUGAUUUGCUGUCUUUUACAUUUGGUUUAAUGUGCAGAAUAAUAGCAUUAUGAUUUUUUGUCUUGUUGGGACAAAAGUCACAGUCGCAGUUUUCGUCUCAUUAUGCGAGACAUAGGGAUUACUAUUUGGCGGUGAUGGCUAUGUAAACUAUUUGAAUAAAGCUUUAUAUUUCAGAAGGUAGAAUACCUGGCUGCUUCACACCUUGUAUGCAGUAACUUUAUGUCACGAAGUUUCCGACUGUCAUAUGUUCAUUGUCCUUGACCUCAUUUUCGUCAUCAGGUUCAUUGUUCAAUGUUAAGUUUUUGUGUUUUGGUCUGUUUUUCUAUUACCUUAAGCAAUAGGUCAACUAUAUUUGGUGUAUGGAAUAAUUGUAAGGUGUACAUGUCUGUCUGACAGGAUUUAUCUGACCUUGACCUCAUUGUGAUGGAUAUUUAUGGAUGUAAAGUUUAUGUGAUACUCAAAGUAAAACCUUUAUCUUUAAGACUUUCAACAUAUCAAUGGUCAGUAAAGCAGGCGAGACAUUUCAGCGUUUGCAUUCUUGUUUAGCUUAUUUAGCAAAAUUAAUUGUUAAAAUGUAUUAUAUGAAACAUCAUCAUCAAACAUGCAUUUCAGUGUUAUUCUAUUUCUCAUACAAUCAGGAUUUAAAAUUACAUUGUAAAAGAACUCUUUUUGAUGAUAAAAUGCCCUAAGGAGAACACUGUAAUUAAAACCUGAUACUAAGUCUAUUAUUGCUAGGAAAAAAAAAGCUGUACAAAUAAUUUUAAAAUCAUCACCUUCAUCAUCAUGACUAUGCUACAAAUGUUAUAUAUGUAUAUCUAAACUUUAGGCACCCAGCCAGAGGGAAUGUAAUAUAGAAUUGUUUAUAACAUAAUGAAUUUGUAAGCUUUUAAACACAGCUGAGAAGAUGGCUCAAACUGUAGGGGUAAAUAAUGCACAAUCAGUAAUUUUUAUGAAUUUGCAGAUAACCAUUCAUUUCAUCUUUGUUAGAUCUUAGAUGUCUGUGUUUGUAUUAUGCUAAACAUUAUCAGAGUUUUGUUUAGAUCCUUCAUUGGCAGUUUUUAUGUAUUCUUUUACUUUUAUACUUGUAAAUGUCUAUAAGAUAUAUGUUUAUUGUUCAUUUUAUUUGAUCAUAUAUCAAUGAAACUGUUUGAUAUUUUCUUUGCAGGUUGAAUGAGGUUUUACUUUAUGUUUCAAAAUGUUUAAUUCACAAAUUCAUUUGAACAGGAACCAUAAAAAAGUAACACAGAAAAAAUUUCAAAACAGGUUAAAUUUGAUGUCAGCAUGGGAAAAGAAAACUGGAUACUCUUAUUUCUAGAUUUUAAAUUUUCUGUUAUUAAGCAAAGACUAUAUCAAGUACACUUAUAGAAAUAAUAGACAUUUUAUUGUUAACUUUUACAGAUAAUAUGUUUGCCUAUUUUUUUUUCAUUUGUUUCCCUUUCCGAAAAGAUUAGCUGCCUAUAUGACACACAACUGACAAAUGAAUCGCUGUCAUUUUGCCUUGUUGUUAAGUCUCUCUACAACUCCUUUGAAGCUACUCAAUUGAAACCAUUUAGAGUUAGAUCUUCAACAGGAUGUGCAGUAUUUAUCAUUGAUUUUGGGUUUUUCUAGUAGGUAAAUAGGCUUUUGCAUGAUUCAUGUGGGUUUACAUUUCUUAUCCACAUCCACUGUGUACCUCUUGAUUUAAAAAGCCAAACCUUAAAUCUGCAACCAAAGUUGACCUUGGAUGCAGUUGGCUAUUCUUAUAAUAUCCUUUUUGGCAUUAUACAUAGUUCCCCAAGUAUUAAUACGUCCCUGUCUGUCAAUUGGUUGCUUUUGAGCAUUCCUAUGAAGAUCAAUCCAGAAAAGUGAUUCAGAUGCUUCAUAUUUAUAAAGUGUUAAUUUGUUUAAAGUAAUCUUCAACAGGCAAAGUUGUACAUUGUAUUUUAUUGUCUUUAAAGUUUGUUGAUUGCAUCAUUUAUAGAUUCUUGGCCACUUUUAUAGGACUUUUACAUGGCACAAAUUCAGGUUGUAUACAAACCCUCAUUAACCACUUAUAUUUAUGUAUUAAAUUGCAAAUUCUUUUUUUUUUAGAAUGGAAAACACUUCUGGAGUUUGCCAAGCCAAAACAUUUACUCUUCAAUUUUUUGCACUGAAAUGUAAAUGAAAAACUAGGGGAGAUAACACAUUCAUGUUUAAGUUAUGGAGGGAAAAAUUAUUGUGGGUUGCUUUAAUAUAAUGCUAUGUUGAGAUUAACAUUUUAAGUACAAGAUACACUGUACAAUUAAAUAUUUUAAUGAAUUGUAAAAAAUAUAAAUUGAAAUUAGUCAUAAAAUGUAGUUGCAGUAUGAAAGUAUCUAUUUUGAAUGUGUGUUAGAAUUAAUGAAAUUAUGGGACCAGAAAUUUGGAACAAAUAAAAAACAUAUCGCUA